CACACGUUUUCAUUUUUAAAACCCCCGACCUCAAGCUGUUAUUAAUCAGAUCAGACGUUCAAAUUCAAAUUCAACGGGGAUCAUGGCGUCAAACACCAAAAUAAAUCUAACGGUGAUCGCCUUCCUCAUUACCAACGUUGCCGCCGCAACCGGUUACACCAACCACACCGUCGGCGGCGAUGUCGGCUGGUUCUUCGAUUCUAACACUAACACAUCCGCCACAAAUUACUCUUCUUGGGCUGCUAAUCAAACUUUCAAUCUUGGAGACUAUCUCAUUUUUAGAACCAGUACGAAUCAGACAGUGAUCCAGACUUACAAUGCGACGACGUAUCAGAGCUGCACAAUGGACGACGCUUCAGACACUGAUACCUUUCAGUACAACGGAGGCAGCACGGGCUUCGAUCAAUCGUUGACCAUUGCAGUGCCGUUGACCGUUGAGGGAACAAACUAUUACUUUUCCGACGCUGAAGACGGUAUCCAAUGCCAGCGUGGCAUGGCAUUCGAGAUCGACGUCAGUCACGGCAACGGGUUACCCCCUAGCCUCAACCAGCCACCUCCUCCUCCCCACGUCGAGCCUCCUGGUGGGGACUCAGCUCAGUCUCCGCCUAUCACGAUUGCUGGUGGAUCACCGUCUUUGAAUAAUGGAGCCGUGGCCGGCAGCGGCGCUGAGUCACGAGCUAUGCUGGGUCUUUUCUUUGGUGUUACAUGGUCGUUGAUGUUCUAAAGUGAAGGGUGAGGACAAGAGUGACAUAGUUUGGUUAGCUGGCAUGAUUGUCGGCCGACCCGGAUUUGUUCCGGUGCGUUACUUGUAAUUUGGGGAAAUAUUUUUCACGAAUGAAUUUUUAUCCAACGGAUGACAUUUUUUCUCUUAUGAAGGCAUCGAUUCUUUAACUAUCCUAUCUUA